CACACGCAGCUACUGGCAGAAACAAAAGCGAGCGAGAGAGAUAGAAGAGAGAGAACGAUCAUUUCUUUUUCAUUUCCAUUUCGUCUCGUUGCGGGGAAAUCUUCCACCGGCUUCUUCUCUCGUGUCGCGUUGCCCGCCUGCCUCCGUCCGUCCGCCGCUGCGACGCGUCGUCCUCCCAGCCCCGCGCGCGACCGGGUAAGGGGGGCGCGGGUGGUUGCGGCGGUGGUUGAGGUUUAGUAGAGGAGGCGGCCGCAGGUUGGAGCCUUGGAGGAGGGAACAGGGAAGGCGAGGGAGGGGGCGGUCCGGUCAGUGGCGUGGUGGGAUGGGGAACCGGGUAGGGGGUAGGCGGCGGCAGCCGGCGGUGGAGGAGCGGCACACGCGGCCGCAGGGGCUCUACCCGCACCCGGACAUCGACCUCAAGAAGCUGCGCCGGCUCAUCCUCGAGGCCAAGCUCGCGCCGUGCUACCCGGGCGCCGAUGACCCGCGCGCCGACCUCGACGAGUGCCCCAUCUGCUUCCUGUUCUAUCCGAGCCUGAACCGGUCCAAGUGCUGCGCCAAGGGGAUUUGCACGGAGUGCUUCCUCCAGAUGAAGUCGCCCACCUCGUGCCGGCCCACGCAGUGUCCGUACUGCAAGAUGGUGAAUUACGCGGUGGAGUACCGCGGCGUCCGGACGAAGGAGGAGAAAGGCAUAGAGCAGAUUGAGGAGCAGAGGGUGAUCGAGGCACAGAUCAGGAUGCGGCAGCAGGAGCUCCAGGAUGAUGCAGAGCGGAUGAAGAACAAGCAGACCGCUGCUUCGACCGACACAGUAGCAACCGCACGACUUGAGUGUUGUGAUACUGGUGGCACAUCCACCACAGUUGCAAGCAGUGCGCAAGGCACUGAUACACUCUCAUCUCAAGUGCAGCAUUCGGAGUUAUUGUUGAGGAAUUCUGAAGGCUUAAAACAGAUGCGGGGUAAUAAUUUUGACAUGGAUCUUGAAGAAGUUAUGCUUAUGGAGGCAAUUUGGCUCUCUAUACAAGAUCAGGAAGCCUUGGGAAAUCCAAGUAGUGUUGCCACUGCUUCACCAACAGUUCCUUCAGAGUCUUAUGAUGGCUCCGUGACGACAACAGCUGAAGCAGCUUCUUCCAGUGGAUUUGCCUGUGCAGUUGCAGCUUUAGCUGAACAACAGCAUAGGUACGGAGAAUCGUCUAGCGCAGCUACUUGUCAAAAGACAAGUUAUGAUAUUCUCAGCAGGUCAGACAGAUCUUUUACUGAGGAUCUGAGCAUAGCUGGGAGCAGUUCUUCAGACACCAGGACUGAGGAACCAUCGAGCAGCAGAACACAUCAAACAAUAGAUGGUGUGGAGUAUUCUAAUGACCGGUGGUCAGAGGUGGCUGAGGCCGGUACCAGUUGUGCUGGAUCUGAUGUUACAGUGGAGGCUGGUGCUGCCAAUUUGACAGCUUCAGUUGGGUCUAACAUUGGUUCUGGCAGUGUUCCUGAUAGCUUCGAGGAACAGAUGAUGCUGGCCAUGGCUCUUUCGUUGGUCGAUGCCCGUGCGAGGGCAAGUUCUCCAGGGUUAACUUGGCGGUAGCAUUUGUUUGUAAUCUCUUUCACUCCCUUUAUUUAUUAUUAUUGGUUGUGUGGGUUUUGUUCCUAGAGUUCCUUUUGCAACAUAAAACAUAGUAUUAGAUGGGGAACAGGUUGAAGCUUAAAGGGCUGUGGUAUUUGUGAAUAGUGAGGUGAAUCUGCACAUUUGCAGUCAGUGUCUGGCUAAUUUCUCUCUUUUCUGUUUCUUGAGAAAGAAACUGGGUUCUUUCAGGCAGGCUUCUGCCGACAAAAAUUGUGCCUGAUGAUGUUACAGACAUGGUGUAAAUACAGAAAUUCGCUCUCUUUUUCA